AUGGCCGCCGAGCCCGACACAAAUCCCGGCUCCGCACUGGACGCCCGUAGAAUCCAGCUCCCGCUUUCCACGCCGACGCCCACCUCUUUAUCCAUCGACGACGCCCUCACCCGCCCCGAUCGCCAUGGCUCACCAGCGACAGCCUCGCCCCAGCCCGUCCCGCCCGCCAUACGGUUGAGGAGUUCCUCAACACCCGCACGCCACCAGCCCUUGCCCUCUGCGUCACAAUCACACUCCGGAGAUAGCCUUAAUUGCGCUGCCCACCCUGAGACCUCACCACUCGUAUCUCCGCUGCUGGAUGUAAGCGGACAAACCCCGAAGGCCUCCGCAGCGCCCGUCUUUAUCGAACAAGACGACGACGACGACGACGACGAGCGCAGCAGCACGCCCGUCGCCAUCCACCGCGCUGCUCCCUCGUGCCCGCCGCCGCAGCUCGCUCCUCAGCCCCACAAGUCGUUCCGCGAGCGCCGACAUCGCAAGAACGCAGUGUCCAUCGACUCGGUUCCGCGACAGACCAUCAUGAAGGCUCUUGCGUCGCGCCCGCCGCCGACCUCCAACAUGUCCAUUGCCUCGUCCAUCAACGGCCUGCUGCAGAACAACCGCGACCGCGAGCAGCAGCAGCAGGACCCGCCCCAGACUCGCCCCGGCUUGCAGCGGAAGCGCUUAUCGGGCGCCGCUGCAGACCUCACGCUGAACCCCGAGUGCCUGACGGCCAGCAGGAUCUCUGCCCUGGCCUCUCCGUGCUUCUUCCACAAGAAAUUCGAUGCUGCCGUCAACAUUGACAAGGUGCUGGAAGAGAUCCGCGAGGACGACGGCAUGUCGCACUCGCGUCUUCUGCAGACGGCCACGGGCGUGCGCGAGGUUUCCAAGCAGCUGCAGCGCCGCCCCGUCAAGAUUGCCGUCAAGAACGUCAUGAUUGUCACCAAGGCCCGCGACAACCAGCUCGUCGACCUGACCCACGAGCUGGCCGACUGGCUGCUGACCACGCCGCGCCACGGCCGCGACGUGGGCGUCAACGUCUACGUCGACCACAAGCUGCGCAACUCGCGCCGCUUCGACGCCGCCGGCCUGCUGCGCAAGGACGAGCGUUUCAGCUCCAUGCUGCGCUACUGGACCCCCGAACUCUGUCUCACCAUGCCCGAGAAAUUCGACCUGGUCCUCACGCUCGGUGGUGAUGGAACGGUGCUGUACACGAGCUGGCUGUUCCAACGCAUUGUGCCGCCGAUUCUGUCCUUCAGCCUGGGGAGCCUUGGCUUCAUGACCAACUUCGAAUUCAACACGUACAAGGAGCAGCUGUCGCGCAUCAUGGGCGACGCGGGCAUGCGGGUCAACCUGCGCAUGCGUUUCACCUGCACCGUCUACCGUGCGAAUCCAAGCCACGAUGCGUCGGACCCGGAGUCGCCGGCGCACCUGGAGGCCGAGCAGUACGAGGUGCUCAACGAGCUGGUCAUCGACCGCGGGCCCAGCCCAUAUGUGUCCAACCUCGAGCUGUACGGCGAGAACGAGCUGCUCACGAUUGUGCAAGCCGACGGGUGCAUCUUCUCCACUCCCACGGGAAGCACGGCCUACUCGCUUUCGGCAGGCGGCUCGCUGGUGCAUCCGGACAUCCCUGCCAUCCUCCUGACGCCGAUCUGCCCCCAUACGCUCUCGUUCCGGCCGAUGCUACUCAAUGACAGCAUGCUGCUCCGCGUCGCGGUUCCGCGCAAUAGCCGCGCAACCGCCUACUGCGCCUUCGACGGCAAGGGCCGUGUGGAGCUGCGCCAGGGCGAUCACGUUACGAUUGCGGCAUCGCAAUACCCGUUCCCCACGGUGCUGAGUCGGCCGACCGAGUGGUUCGACAGCCUCGGCAGGACGCUCCGCUGGAACACGCGCGGCGCGCAGCAAAAGGCCUGGGACGGCGCCGACGACAAGGGCACCGGCGCCGAGGAGAAGUUCGACAUCGACAUCGACGACGAGGACCCGGGCAAGGAUUCGGGCUACAGCGCGGCGACGUCGUCGGCGGGGAACAGCAGCCCGGUGAGGAGAGGGAGCGGGCUCUGGGCCGUUUGA